AAGAAAAUUAAAUUAAAUUAAAUUAAAAAAAAAGAAGUUAAUAAAACAAUAAGGAAACUGCCUGACCACUUGCAGUUGCCAAAGCCAUCUUCUACUUUUCUUUUUCUUCUUCUUCAAUCACUCGAUUUCCAUUUUUUGAAUUUUAGAAUUUGGGUUUUUCACUCCAAAAUUCCAUGAGACCAAUUCGUCUUCCGGAACCUCCCGGCCCCACCAUGGGGAUGCCGGAGAUUUUCGAAGGUGGCGCGCACAGCGUUAUCAGACGCGCAGUCGUCAUCGGAAACGGCUCCCCUGGAUCCGAGAACCAGAGUAUCGGGUUGGUCCGAGCUCUCGGAUUAUCCGACAAGCAUGUUCUUUACCGAGUUACGAGGCCUAGAGGAGGAAUAAAUGAGUGGCUUCAUUGGCUCCCAAUUAGUCUUCACAAAAAGUUGGAUUAUCUCAUCCGGCUGAUUCAAAUUUACUCCCGAGGAAAGAAACUUGUGCCUUUACCUUUAGAAAAUGGUGGUGGUAGUGUUGGCUUGGCAUCUGUUUUAGAAGCUGAUGUGAAGCAGAUUGUAACCAUGGCACGCCAGACUUAUGAAAAGGAUGGUCCUUUGUUGGUUGUUGCAUCUGGCAGAGACACCAUUUCUAUUGCAAGUUCAAUAAAACGUUUAGCCUCUGAGAAUGUUUUUGUCAUUCAGAUACAACACCCUAGGUCACAAUUGAAUAGGUUUGAUUUGGUAAUCACCCCUCGUCACGACUUCUAUCCUUUAACUCCUCAAGCACAAGAGCAGGUUCCUCGGUUUCUUCACAGGUGGAUUACUCCACGUGAACCUCCUGAUAGGCAUGUGGUACUCACUUUGGGAGCUCUACAUCAAAUUGAUUCUGCUGCAGUCCGCAGUGCAGCUGUUGGAUGGCAUGAUGAGUUUGCACCUCUGCCAAAGCCCUUACUGGUGGUUAACAUUGGCUGGCCGACAAGCCACUGUCGAUAUGGUGCAGAUCUUGCAAAGCAGUUAACUGCUUCUCUUCUCAGUAUCCUCACAAGCUGUGGGACUGUCCGGAUAUCUUUCUCCAGUAGGACACCUGAAAAGGUAUCAAAAGUCAUUGUUAAAAAACUUGCAGAUAAUCCAAAAGUUUACAUCUGGGAUGGUCAAGAACCAAAUCCACAUAUGGGGCAUUUAGCUUGGGCGGAUGCUUUUGUUAUCACAGCAGAUUCAGUCAGUCUGAUAAGUGAGGCUUGCAGUACUGGGAAACCUGUCUAUAUUAUGGGAGGUGAGCAUUGUAAAUGGAAAUUAUUAGACUUCCAUAAAUCAUUGAGGGAACGAGGAAUGGUUCGGCCAUUUACAGGUUCUGAAGAUAUUGCAGAAAGCUGGAGCUAUCCACCCCUCAAUGACACAGCAGAAGCAGCAAGUCAGGUGCGUGAAGCACUUGCUGAGCGUGGGUGGAGGGUUCGACCAUAAUGAGGGUGUUGAUAAUUGUAGUUGUAAACAGUAUUGAUUUCCAUCUUCUUUGAUAGUUGAAGCCUUAAAAAUGGGAUUUGUUGAACAGCAUAUAGGAACACCGGCUUCAAAUUCAUUCUUUCCCCAUCGGGGUUUUUCAAAUAUGAUGCAUGUAGAAUAAAGCCUUAGCUAUUUAAAGCGGCUUGUACAGUAUGAAGAGAGGGCAGGCAUAUUUCUUUUUUGUAUCGGUACUGAAAUCCCAUUUCGAGGCUGGGUACGGUAAAUGUUU